AUGGCACAAACACCUCAACAACGUCGCGCAAACGAGCGCUUCGCCAAAAGUGAGGCCGCUAAGCGGGGGAAAGCUCCUGUCGCCAGCAAGCCGAAGCAAAGCGCAAAGACACCAAUCUCCGCGAGCUGGGUCGUAAUCUUGGCCUUUGUGGUCUGCGGUGGACUGAUCUUGGAGCUCCUGAGAGUUGUUCCGGAGAUCUGGUCAACCGUGGCCUCAAUGAUCUCCCGUGCCACUGGUUAUUAA